AUGGCGAGCUUGUCUACAGUGGCCUUUCUGUGGUCAUCGCUUUGCGUCUUCAAGUUCCAUACACCUACUCACCCUCUUGCUGGCUUGCCGGAGCUCUCAAGCCAUCCCAGCAAUGACAGCAACAGCAGCAGCGGAUGGGAGUCGCUAUUACCUUCGGUUUUUGAAGACCCAGACCAAGCCUUCGAGCUUCUUGACAAGGCUCACCGGACCUUGGAUGAUUAUGCGCGCGACCAUUUUGGCGAUGAUACAAAGGCUCCUUUGAAUGCCUUCCUGGAUCAUUUACCGACCAAGGGACAAGAGGUACUGGCGAGAGAGAUUGUAGAAUAUGCAGAAGAUCAUGGGAAAUUGCGUGCCUUGCGUCAUUUCCUCGUCGAUGCCAUUGUCAAGGCGUUGAGGGUAGCCGGUGGCGGUGCUCCUAGCAUCGGACCUUCUCCUUCCCCCGGCGCCGCUGCUGAAGUAGAAGCGGACAUGGCAUCCAUUGAGGUAUCCACGAAGGCCGAGCAAACGAAGUUGAGGGAGGACUGCUUGAACAGAGACGGCCAACAUGCGCAACAAGGCGACGAUAUGGGUAUCCGGUACCGGUGCCAUAAGUUUUAUGAACCCCUUGGCCUUUAUGGGCAAGCCAUGCCAGAGGUUGUUACCCUUCAGCAACAUAGUCUCGGGCAGUCAAUACCGAUGCCCAAUCGUCAUCUGCUCCGCGUUCACUACAUCGUGGCCAAGAUCUUGAGCACAGACACCUACACAGUGGAGCGUCGGAUUUUGCGUCUCGACUCUAAAGCCUUCGUCUACAUCACUGCCUGGUUCUGCCCGUAA